CAUGAAGUAGGAUCCUUGAGCUGUUGCAGAGGCAGCCAACUGCUCCAUAUUUGGCUUCUAUUACACAUUUACAUACUGGAGAGAGAGGAGCGGGGGAGAGAGAGCGCUGUACCGCAGACAUCAUUUCUACUACAGUGGUGGAGACAUCCAGGACCUGUGUCACUGCAGGGGGAAGGAGAGAGAGAGAGAGAGAGAGAAAAAGGCAACCAACAUAACCCCCCCGCCCCCAAGCCCUGUGAUCAGCUAGCAAGACAGUGUGUGUGAGUCUCUCUCUCUGCCCCCACCUCCCUUGACACUUGGCAGGACUCCAAACUGCGUCUCCCCCUGUGAUCCUGGACUCCGGAUACAAUUAGCAAAAAUUACAAAGGUGUAUUUGGAAGUUACAGAAACUAGACAAAUCAACAGUCACAUUGCCGGUGAAGCCAGACGAGGAAGCAGUUUAAGCUGUGAAUUUCUUCUUCAUCCCACAUAGAACAGUGACGACCAUCAUUUUUGUCUUCACCAUAGAGAGAUGCUUUGUGAACAAGUAUCCUGGAGCACAAUGGAAAAGUUUUAAUACAAGACAUCAGAAAAAAGUGCUGCAAUGUCUAGUGUGCUGAGGGGAAAAAGGGAGACUUACAACUGCAUCUUGAAACACUCUCAGAUGAUUUGAGAUUACAUUUUUGGAAGAUCUCAACUGGAGCUGUGGAUAAAAGAACAGAAGGAAGGGAGGCAGUGACUGAAUGGUAUUUCUUACAUUAUUUGAAAGAGAGAAGGCACUGGGGACCUGCAAACAAUCAGGCGGUUUCUGAAAAAUCUUUAUGGUAAAGGAUAAUCCACGUCUCCCUGUAGAAGAACAUAGUGAAUGAUUUACAUACUGUUUCCUCAAAGCUGCUGCCUCCUUCAGUGUGUGACCAAAUGGUGCUUUGGAAUCCAGAGCAGCUGCUGGAGCAUUGUGCUCACAGGGAGAUGAUUCCUCAUGAAGUCACUGGAUCCCCUUCAGAAAUCAAAUGUGACUUUCCAUUUAUCAGACUGAAAUCAGAACCAGCCAGACAGUGAAGCAAGAACAGUGGAGGGGGGACGGCGAAAGAUGAAAUCCAACCAAGAGAGGAGCAAUGAAUGCCUGCCGCCCAAAAAGCGAGAAAUCCCCACCACCAGCCUGCCCUCCGAGGUGAAGCCAGUGGUCCUGCCAAACGAAAACCACCGCACGGACAACUUAACAUGGCUCUCCAGUAUGCCCAGCAGCCAGAGCAGCAUGGGUGGAAGGCACCGGACUGGAGGGAGUUCAGUGGAGAUUGGCUUGCAGCAGGGUUUACACAAAGCACCGUCUACAGGAAUGGACUAUUCCCCACCGAGUGCUCCCAGGUCCGUUCCAGUCUCAACAACACUUCCCACAGUGUACUCGCCCGCACUCUCACAGUCAGGGACGCCUGUAUCCCCGGUGCAGUACACGCACCUGCAGCACACUUUCCAGUUCGUUGGGCCCCAGUACAGUGGACCAUACGCCGGAUUCAUCCCCUCCCAGUUGAUUUCCCCGACAGCCAAUUCCGCAACUUGUGCGGCAGCCUCUGCCACUGCUGUUGCAACCACUCCAUCCCAGCGUUCCCAGCUGGAGGCUUAUUCCACUUUCCUGGCCAGCAUGAGCAGCUUAAGUCAGCAGGGGCACAAAGUUGAGCAGCAUUUAGUCAGGACACCUGGAUUGAUUGCAGCAGGGUCUCCUCCACCGACCCAGCAAAACCAGUAUGUCCACAUUUCCAGCUCUCCCCAGAGCACAGUCAGAAAUGUCUCUCCUCCGACCAUCCCAGUCCAUUUGCAUCCCCACCAAACGGCGAUUCCACACACCCUCACCCUCGGCCCCUCCUCCCAAGUGGUGGUGCAGUACUCGGACUCCGGGGGCCACUUUGUCACGAGGGAUUCUACCAAGAAAGCUGAGAGCAGCAGGCUGCAGGCAAUGCAGGCGAAGGAAAUACUGAAUGGAGAGAUCGAGAAAAGCAGGAGGUACGGCCUGUCGCCCUCUGGAGAUGUGAGUUUAGUCAAAGCAGGCAAUAAACCAGCUCCUCAUCAUUAUGAGACCAGACAUGUGGUGGUGCACUCGAGUCCUGCUGAGUACAGUGCACGGGAUUCCUCAGGCAUCAGGGCCUCUGUUAUGGUUGUACCGAACAGCAGCACACCUAUUACGGAGAUGGAGGUACAGCAGGCCACCAACAGAGAAACUCCUCCCUCAGUCCUCAACGACAAGGGAAACCUGCAUUUAGGAAAGCCAGCCCACAGGUCUUAUGCUUUAUCUCCGCAACAGACUAUGGGCCACGAGGGGGUGAAAGCGGUCGCCACGCUGUCCCCCCACACUGUCAUUCAGACAACCCACAGCGCCUCAGAGCAACUCCCUGUCGGGCUGCCUGCGACAGCCUUCUAUGCCGGGACCCAGCCACCGGUAAUUGGCUAUCUGAGCAGUCAGCAGCAAGCGAUUGGUUACCCUGGAAACCUGCCACAGCACCUGGUGAUCCCUGGCACCCAGCCCCUGCUUAUACCAGUUGGCAAUGCAGAUGUUGAAUCAUCAGGAGUAGCACCUGCUAUAGUCACUUCAUCUCCCCAGUUUGCAGCAGUGCCUCAUACAUUUGUCACUACCACCAUUCCUAAGAGUGAGAAUUUCAGUGCUGAGUCGCUAGCAACCCAGCCGGCCUACCAGGCAGCCGUGGUGCAGGCCCAGAUCCACCUCCCGGUGGUGCAGUCCGUAGCUUCUCCAGCAGCAGCUCCUCCUACACUGCCUCCUUACUUCAUGAAAGGGUCAAUCAUUCAGUUGGCCAAUGGGGAGCUGAAGAAAGUAGAGGACUUAAAAACAGAAGACUUUAUACAGAGUGCAGAAAUUAGCAAUGACCUGAAAAUAGACUCCAGCACAGUGGAGAGGAUUGAAGACAGCCAUAACCCAGGCAUUGCUGUGAUACAGUUUGCAGUUGGAGAGCAUCGAGCACAGUAUCACUUUAAGAGACAUAAGGAGGAUCCACAGAAUUGCUUUUCGUUUACAGCCUUCAAAUCCCCAGUGAUAUCAUUGCAGUGUAGGCUUAGAGCCUCACAUCUCUUCUUCGGCUUCAUGAUCAGAAAAACAGUCCCUGGAUCAGAACCGGUCAGCGUUGAAGUCUUGGUCGAAUACCCUUUUUUUGUAUUUGGACAAGGCUGGUCGUCCUGCUGCCCUGAGAGAACCAGCCACCUCUUUGAUUUGCCAUGUUCCAAACUCUCAGUUGGGGAUGUCUGCAUAUCGCUUACUCUCAAGAAUCUGAAGAAUGGCUCUAUUAAAAAGGGCCAACCCAUGGAUUCAGCUAGUAUCUUGCUGAAGCACUCAAAGAAUGACAGUCUAGCUGGAAGUAGACACAGGUAUGUGGAGCAGGAAAAUGGUAUUAAUCAGGGAAGUGCACAGAUGUUAUCUGAGAAUGGUGAACUGAAGUUUCUGGACAAAAUAGGAUUGCCUGCAGCACCUUUGCUCACCAAAACAGAACCCAGCAAGCCCACGGCGACGAGGAAGAGGAGGUGGUCGGCCCCUGAAACACGGAAACUAGAGAAAUCAGAAGAGGAACCACCUUUGACUCUUCCCAAGCCUUCUUUUAUUCCUCAGGAGGUUAAAAUUUGCAUUGAAGGUCGAUCUAACGUAGGCAAGUAAAGGCUGUUUGGGGAAAGGAAAUUAGGCUAUCCCUUGUCAUUUUUAUCCAGAUUACUGUACUGUAGACUAAAUAACCCAGUAUUUACAUGUUAUCAUCUUAUUUUAGGUUUAUGUUAUAACCUUGUUGUUAUAGUUGCAGCUGGUAUUAUGCAGGAGACAGGUGCAUAUGUUUUUCCACAAGUGUUUUGUCAGUGACUAGGUUUAUUGAGAGCUACAGAAGGGGCAGUAUCUGCUUCACGCACCCUUAGUGGAAAUGAAUGUGUUGUCAUGGCUCCUGUUUUCUGUCACCUAGUGUAGAGCAGACUCCAGCUGUUCUUUUUUCUGUGAGGUGACGAGACGGGAACUGUAGCAGAGAUCAACUGCACUGCAUGCACUGUGUGUGUUUCAGUCCCAAGGAGGGAUUGCAGCUCCCUGGCUGGGUCGUUAGGAGGUUCUCUCGCGCCAAGAGCACACUAAGAACCCAACACACACACAUGAUUAAAAAAGGAUCAGACAGUCUUUGACACAUUUCACAAUCAAACCAACUCUUAGUCAAGGCUCUACAGUAUAUAUAUUUUCCCCCAUGGGGUCCGACUGCACUGAAUUUGAUUCAUAAAGUGACUGCCACGCAAAUGUUUCUUUUCGGCUUGCUAGUGCAGUUCCAUUGCCAGAGUGUAACAUUCAUUAAGGUUCUAUGCUUGCAUUGUUACACUGCUAGUUUUUCAUAAUGACAUAGCCAGGGUGAGGGAAGCCUAAAGUUCGUUGGGUCCCCUAGCUAAGGGGAAACUUCUGGUUCUGUGCAGUGUUAGAUAAAUUGAUCAGGUUAUGCCAUUGACAUUUGCUUCCACAAGGUAGACACGUACUGCCCCUUUGAGAGCGCAGACAUAAAUUGUUUGCAUUUAGGUUGCAAAUCUUUGUCUUUAACUCUAGUACUGUUUUUAGUUCAUGACGAUGGACAACUGGUGCCACUUUUUUCAAAAUUCAGUGUGACACAAGGAAUCGGACGUUGAAGAUGAACAUAGAAUGUCUUUAAGCACUUAAAAUGCUGUUCACGCUUUCUUGUCGAGCAUCCUGGUCUAACACUCAAUAAGUACUGUAUCUCACUUUAAUCUGUUUGAGGGGGAAAAAAAGAAUCUAUUCAACACUGUUAACUACAUAUGACUAUGUAGAGUUUUCUCACAAGCAAGAUGUUGGAAAUUUUAAUGUGGUUUCAAAGGGAUGAAUGUGAAUUAUUGAACUAGUAUGUGACAGUCAUUGUCCACAAAGGACUACUUAAUAGGAGGCACUUUUAAAACUUUAAUGCUUGAGAAAGAGUUAAAGGCAUAUGCGAGCUGACAGAUAAUAAAAGAAUAAGAGAGAGGAAAAAAGAAAGAGGAAAAAAAUCAUUAUUGUCCAGUGUUUUUGAAAAAGAUGGACUUUAAAGAAUCUUGCAAUUUGCACAUCUUGAGUUUAUCAUUUGUGUGGUAUUCCUGCAGUUUUUACCUAAUAAUGUUGUGGGGAAGGGAGGGGGACUGAGAGAGCAUAAACAAAUGUAGCAAUUAUUUACUAACCUGCCUAAGCUCUAGGCCAUUUUAUAGAGUUAUGUUCCUUUUAAAGUUCAUUUUUGGUCUUUCUGCCAUAUCUGUCGCACAGAACCAGGUCCUAGCAGGACAACUCGGAGAAUUUUUCUUCAGAUAAAUUGAGAGAGCUUUCCAGAAAAGACAUCUCUAUACAUAAGCAGGAUUUUAUAAAAAAAAAAUGGUUAUUAUUUUAUUAUUAUUAUUAUUUGUUGUUUUAAUGACAUUUUCCAGUUGAAAUACAAUCUUGAUUUCAGAGUUUGGUACAAAACAGUAAGAGGGAAUGGUGGUUUCAGACAGCUAAGUCUUUUUUGUUCCCAGUAAUCUGAAACAAAGGUAGGGCCGGAUCCUUAGAGGUGCUGUGCACCUUUGGUUCCUGUCAACGGGAGGUGCAAGUACUAAGCACUUCAGGUGUGAGCUGAAGCCCAUUGCAUUCAAUCCCAUUGGUUUCAGUGGGCUUUGGAUUAGGCCCUCCAUGAUCAAGCCUUUAUAUUACUAUUACUUUCGUUUUGUAAUUGAGUUUGCAUCCUUCAAGUACUUUUGAAGAAGCUGUACUAAUAGGGAGAAGUAGGCUAUAAAAGUUCUUGAUUAGAGAUACAGUAUCUAAAAGGAACAAAUUCCUUAAAAAUCUCAUUUUCCCGCUCCUAAAAUACAGUAUUUCCAGCUCCUUUAUUUACAGAAAAUCUGAAAAAAAAAAAAACAGCUUUUUGGUUCUUUUAUUCAUUACUUGAAAUUUAGCUCACACCAGAACUAAUUGUUUUUAUACCAUUUUCUGCGGUGCACCAAAAAGAUUUAAAUAAGUUUAAAAUAGCUUGAAACUUUUCUUGAAUUUCCUUGAAUUUCAUUAACCUCUCAGCAGGCUACCAAACAGCUGAGCAGGUUCAUUCUCAUGGUCACACUGCUUAUCUAGUGCUGUACUUUUUUUUAACGUUUCUGCUCAGAGAACUUGCUUAAUCUUCCAUAUACUCCGCUCAGGGCACUUGCAAUUUAUUGUUGUUUUGUUUGUUUUGUUUUUUGUUAUGUUUUAACCUUUGAUGGUAAGAGGAAUAGAAAGAUGUGGGCAGAAUUAGAUUUUAGUUCACGUUAGUACCACUAUAUUCAUAAUACACAUACUCAGAAAAUCUGAAAUAAAACCACACACACACACACAUCUUUUUGGCUAAUAAAGAAGCAGGGACUCUUAAACUGACUGGAUCUAUUCUACUAACACUAACAAUAAACAAAUAAAAAAAGUUUGGAGCAAUAGGAAUGUAUUAGUUCUGUGCUUGUAUUUCAGAUUUAGGAAUUCUGAAAUAAUUGGUUCCUUCCAAGCAAUUGUCCCUUUUUGUGCUUUUGCUUUUUUAGGAUGUGCAAUACUUUAUGUGCCAACGUAGACCCACCCACGUGGUGGUAGCUAGAUCUCACACCCUCUUCCACUUUCACCUUUUUGUUUUCUUUCACUGUUUUCUCUACCCUUCUCCUCCCAAAAUAAAAGUGUUUAGGGCCUUAUACCUCCCUUGAUUGGGGGCACAGAAUCUGUAUGUAGUUAACAGGUGUGGCACACAUGGAUCGAUGGCCCUGGAUGGUCCAUAUUCUUUCAAAUGUAAGUCCCUGGCCUCCGCAAUAUAAAGAAGAAGAUCCAGAAAAAGGCUUAGUGGAUGUUCCCUCCCACCAAAAAAAAAAAAAAAGAUUUUUAAAGGGGGGGAUAAGAAUUUUGUGAAUGUGAGGGACCUGUAAAUCACAAACAGUUCAGUCAUGAGUAAAUAACAUCAUCUCUUACAUGAGUGAAAGCAGCCUUCUACAGCAUUAUCAGUGUCAUUUUCUCUUCAAUCUAUGCCUGUAACUGUUACUUUAUAUAUAUAAUAUACCUAUACUUUACAUGCACGUGUAUAUGAAUGUUACUAUCUGCUUGAUGUACAAUGUGGGUGAAAUUCACCCCUGUGCAAAAAGCCAAUACACCACUUAUGUCACUAACGGGUGCAUUAACUUGGUAUUGGCUCUCUGUACAGGAGUAAAUUGCACCCCUAAAUGGACAGAAAGAGUGACUACUUUCAGUUGGCUGAAUCUGGAGUUUGGCUCCAGUUGCAAUGAAUUAGCAGGCCCAUGACCCCUCAUUCACAUGAGUAAAUCCUUAAUCCAAUGGGGUGAGUUGCCCCAUUGAUAGCUCAAAGGAGUAAGGGGAUGUCUGCUCUCCAGCAGCAUAGUUACAGCUCUGCCACACUGUAGUGUACACACUUCCUACCUAGAUGGAAGGGAGGUUUCCGUCGGUAGUGACUCCACUUCUCUGUCAGUGGAAGAAUUCUAGCCACAUCUACGCUGGGGAUUAGGUCGACCUAACUGUGGUACUCAGGAUAUGACAUUUUUCACAGCCCUGAGCAACAUUGCUAGGUCGAUCUAAUGUUGAAGUGUAGAUGUGGCUAGAAUUCUUGUGGCUUGAGGUGCACAGUGAAAAUAACAAUCACAGGCAUAGAAAUAUUUAGGUGAGUUCAGUGUAAAAGGAUGAGUCAUGUGCCUCUGUACAGUGUCCACUUUGCAAUAUUAACUGACAAGUCUUUUUUUUUUUUGUACCAGACCUGUUUAGUUUACAAUGAAAUGCAUACAAUCACCAAGAAAUUUAGUCAGGGCAAAAGAAAAAAAUAAACAAGAACCUCUUUAUAGGGAUUUCUAAAAAACCAAUAUAUCUCUCUAUCUCUCUAUAUAUAAUGACUGUUCCUUAUAGUGUUUAACUUAGGCAUCGUUUCAGUUUGUCUGGGCCACAUCAUGGGGAAUUUGGAGUUUGAUGUCACUUACCUCAAGUCCUUUAGUUGAAACCCAAAUUGGAUUUUUGUUUGAACUAUUUAAUGAUUUUGUACAUUGUUGUUGUGGGGUUUGGGGGGGAUUUUUUUUUUUAAUGUAUGUUUGGGUGGGGGGGGUUCCGUUUUUUUUAACCCUGUCGUCACUUCGUUAAACCGUUGUUCUGUCAUUUUCUCAGCACCAGGAAGUGACAUCACUGCUCGUUUCCCUAAAGCAAGGAACGUUUAGAAACCUUUCACACCUCUUACUCAGGGAUGGGGCUGGCGUAUGUGUGGUACACUGAUGUGACCAGAAGCAGCACUUUUACUGCUCUGGAGUAGGGAUGUACAAUUUCAAGGACAAGUUUGGAUUUCCUGCAUCUCGUGGAUUAACUUUGUAGAUAUCACAUAAAUCGCAAUACAAAGCAGCAGAUUCAAAGUGAACCGUAGCUGUUGGUUACCAUGAGACUCUCUUGUUGCAUAGAGAUUAAUUUUACCUAAGUAUGUUGCCAAUAUUAAAGAAAAUGAUGGAAUUCUGUUAAUGCAUGUGACUACUAAAAUGAAAAAAAAAUGUUUCAGGGAGAACCAAUCUUAACUAUUUAAAAAACACUAAUAGUGUUAUUUCACUAGGGUUCUUAGUAUGUAAUGCCAUGGGCAGGAGGACACAGUUCUGCAAACACUUAUGCAUGUGCUUAACUUUAAGUAUCCAAUUAGGCCUAUGGAAGGCACGGGGACUAUACAUGUUAAUGUUAACUACAUGGAUAAGUGUUUGCAGAAAUUAGUGGCUUGAUCAUUUAGAGCCAGAUUGUGAUCUUAGUUACAACAGCUAUACGUUUGGAGUAACUAUCGACAUCAGUGGAGUUAGUCCAGACUUGCACGGGUGUAACUGAGUUGAGAAUCUGACCUGUUGUCACUUCUAUUAUGAAGCAUACCCAAAAAUGGGAAAGUGCAACCUGCACUCUUCUAAAAUAAUUUCCACUUCUUCCUUUCCCUUGACUGCGGACAGCACCAAACAGCAGAGUCCAAUCUGUGGACUUACCCAGUGUUGAUGUGAAAAGCAAAGGAAUUUUAGCAGAGUGUGGUCAGUGCUUUUCUUUUCAUGGCUUUUUUUUUUUCCCCAAUCCCCAAAAUCCUGAAAUAAACAGAGUCCACCCACAAACAUAGAGGUGUAUGUGUGUGUAUACAUGUGCACACACACACACACACACACACACACACACACAUAAAAGCAAAUGAUUAUGUUCAGUUGAUUUUGUAUCCUUUUCAAGGACAGCGUUGUAUUUUCUGUUGAUAAGGAAAUUCCAAACAAGUUGCACACCUCUACUCCAGAGUUAAUUUCUUUUACAUAGACGACCUCGCUUCAGAUGUGUUACCUUACUGAUAGGAUCUUUUCUUGUAGCACUAUACCUUGUGGGAAUAUUUUUUUGAUGUAAACCUAAUUUGAGAAGCUUACAAAAAAAAACUUUUUGGAAGCACUCACAUUGAGGAGUACAGGUAAUGUUUUAAAAAAUUGCACAAAAGAAAAAUGAAUGUUGGAAUGAUUCAUUCAGUGUUUGAAAAAGAGAUGGAUCUGUUGAAACAGUGUGUUUCAUACCUUGUUUGUAAAAAAAAAAAAAAAAAAAAUUUUUUUUAAAGUACAAAAGCAGAGAAAGGUUGAAAGUUACAUGUUUUUUGUAUAUAGAAACUGUCACAUUUAGAUGAUCUGAUUUGUAUUGGCUCUGGACAGGAAGAAUUAUAUACUUAAAAGGCUCUCAAAGAACAACUAUGCUCAAUUUUCUGUUCAUAUCACAUAAAUCCCAAUGCGGGGGAAGGGGGGAAUGCUUCACACUGUUUGUUCCUGCGCUGAAAAUAUAUCUUAAAGCACCCUGCAUAGUUUAGAUUCUGAAGCCAUUGUAACUUCUUUACUCCCUCUGGGAUGCUGUUCUACAUUUUCAGCACUUCCUGUUCCAAUUAACCCAAAGACUAUAACUUGAACAAGAAGUGUUUAUAACAAGGGAUCCUCGCUUACCAGUAAAUAAGAGUAAUAUCCAACGAGACAUGGCCUUUUGUGUACACACACCCUCCCACCUCAUUAAAACAGGGGGUAAAGACAUGAAUUUCAGUUUUUCCAGAUGUGCUCUGAGCUUGGACAGGUUCUUUCUCAUUUGAUUUAGAGAUUCAUGUUAUUCACAGGCCAAAAUGAAAGAAUCCUUGAGCCAUUUCCAAGGAAAGGGCCCUUUCCUUGGCCAAAGGUCAAGUUGGACAGCUGGGAGCCUACCCACCGCCGGGAUAAACAGUUAACUUUCAGAACCCUUCUCUCCCUCCCCUGACAGCCUGUAACGCAAGCUUCAGUUCUGAUACCUAAUGGUCACAUGGGGGGGGGGAAAUAAUUACGUUAAAAUGACUCCUUGACACCCAAAAGAAUGGCCCCAAAUGUAUUAGAAUGAAGUGCAUUCAGCCAAUAGGUAGUUAUACAAUAACAGUCUCUAAGAUUGCUAUAGUUUUACUCGUCGUUAUCUGAAAGGACUCAAGUCUUCCACUGAGAAUUAAUUGGAGGCUUCAUCCAAGUUUGGCUUUUUUGUUGUUCGUUUGUUUCUAUUCUGAGUGAUCAAAGCUCCUGUGCCCUUUCCCUUGACCAUGCUGCAGGCACGCAUUGGAAGUGUUGUUUGCAUUAAUCCUUACUCACUCUUUGAAGCUGUACUACUGGGUUGUGUGUGAAAACAGCAGCAGCCAACUAGAUCUGGCCCCUGAUGUUUGCUUUAAAAAUAAAGAGCCUGAUGAUUCUGGCUUUAGAGAGAGAGACUCUCUCUCUCUCUCUCUCUCUCCAGUUGAAGUCAGUAGUUGCUGGAUCUCUGUAACUGUGGCUGCAAGUGGUUGAAUUCCUGUCUUCUGUCUGGCCCUUUGGCUACUUAGCAAAGUUACUAAUCUUAUUAAGGCAGCAGGUAUAACUUUUCGCAGACAGUCAGCUAAUGUUGCAAAUCACUAAUGUAUGUAUUUCUGUCUUUGGCUUUUUUAAAAUAUUAACUUUUUGUGAACACUGUUCUCUCUGCAGUGUUUAAAAAGGGGGAUUUCCAAACUUUUCCAUUCAAAUUAGCUACUGAAAAUAAUUUUGUAGUAGCAGUGUCAGUCUUUGACAGCCAGCAUGCUUGGACUGGCCAACUAGCCAUGGCACUUGAGGAAAGUCCUCGUGUGGGUAAGUCUAGUGAUUCUACAAUAAUAGUCUCCAAGGUUUUCAUUGCUUGGUAUUUCUGAAGAGUGUUGUUGCAAAUCACACUUCCAGUGUUGCGCCUAAUGUAGGCUCAGAAAAAGGGAUAAUGCAGCUUUGUGUUGAGGAGAAAUCAAGCUGACAUGGCCAGUACAAAGGAGAAAUAGGGAGGGAAUAAUGUUUUGCACCUUAAUGAAAAGAGGAGAAAAUUUUAAGUGCAUACAGACAUAGUUAAGAGCUUUUAUUGUGACAGGAGAACUUUUUUCCAUAUGCGUGCAUACUCUCUGUAAUUCCAGUGUAAAAUAUUGUACUUGCACUAGCUUUUUUAAAACAAAUAUUAAAAAAAAUGGAAGAAUUCAUAUUCUAUUUUCUAAUGGUGGUGUGUCUAUUUGUAGGAUACACUCGCGUCUGUUUAUUGAAUUUUAUGGUCCCUUUCUUUGAUGGUGCUUGCAGGUUUUCUAGGUAGAAAUUAUUUCAUUAUUAUAAUAAAACAAUGUUUGAUUCAAAAUUUGAACAAAAUUGUUUUAAAGAAACUGUCUGUAUACCAGUACAAGUUUAUUGUUUCAGUAUACUCGUACUAAUAAAAUAACAGUGCCAAUUGCAAA